AUGGGCAAAGAGAAAGAGGUUCUAGCCCUCGUGUUUGCCGUCAAGAAAUUUCACAAACUGUUGUACGGUCGCCACUUCACGUUGUUGACGGAUCACAAACCAUUGCUGUCAAUCUUCGGUUCGAAGAAGGGCAUUCCCGUCUACUCAGCCAGCCGACUUCAGCGAUGGGCAACCAUCCUUCUUGGCUACGAUUUCGACAUUCGCUACUGUCGUACUACAGACUUUGGUCAGGCUGACGCCCUUUCUCGCCUCAUCAGCAAUCAGCAGGAACCGGAGGAAGAUACCGUGAUUGCCGCUAUUUCGAUUGAGGACGAUGUGCGCCGUCAGCUAUCAGACGCCAUACGAGGUAUACCUGUCACUGCCGCGGACAUCCGACAUGCUACUGAACAGGAUCCUGUCCUCCGCCAGGCCAUCACCUACGUGCAGACCUGCUGGCCAACCACUGCUCUCGCUGGCGAUCUUCGCCAGCUCUUCCUCCGCCGAGCAUCGCUGUCUGUGGUUGACUCCUGCCUCAUGUUUGCAGACCGUGUGGUGAUCCCAUCUUCCCUCCGACCCACUGUACUACGCCAGUUCCAUGCGGCUCAUCCUGGUACCUGCCGAAUGAAGUCUAUUGCUCGCAGUUUUGCCUACUGGCCGGGUAUCGACGGCGACAUCGACGACCUGGUUCGACGCUGUUCUCGAUGUCAGCAAGCUGCCAAGAUGCCGCCUCGUCAACCGCCAGUACCCUGGGGAACCACCAGAGAGGCCUUGGUCACGCGUGCACAUCGACUUCGCUGGCCCACUUAA